AUGACCAGUAUUUUCGACGAAAACACUCUAAUUUAUGAGCAUGAGGCAUGCCAAAUUGAACCUACAGAGCAGUUCAUGUAUUUACAAAACGAAUUAAAAGAAUUCAAUAAAGAGAAUUUAAUGAAUAUUUCAUCUGAAAAUAUUUCAGUAGCUAACAAUUUAAUUAAAUUAAAUAAAGAUUAUAGUCGACUCAAAAAACGUUCAUAUUAUUUUAGAUCCAACCCUCCUAAACGUGAACCAAAAUAUGCUCAAGAUUCUUUAACUUCAUAUGGACUAAAAUUAUUUUAUUUAUCAAAUGAUAUCAUUGAAGAUCUUAAAUCACUUAGGAGAAAACAAUUCAAAAAUUUUAAUUUAUCUUAUAAUAUAAAUAUUAAUGAGAAUUUAAUUAGUGACAUUACUGAUUUCAUAAAUAAAUUAAAAUUUUUCGGAAAAAGCAUAUUAUCCAAAAAUAAUCACAAUAUAAUUAUUGCAAUGAACCACUGUCUUAAUAUAAUCUCUACAAAUGAAACUUUCUGGUUAAUGUAUAAAUUAAUAGAACUAUUAUCACGCUAUGUAAUUAUAUUAUUAGAUGAAGAAAAUCCAAUUCACAUUGAGAAUU